GGGGCGGAGCCGCGGCGGAGGCGCGAGGCGGGCGCCGCGACUGAGGGAGCGUGGGCCGCGGCGCGGUGCGGCUUGGCGGCCGCCUGACCGGCUGCCUUCCCCGGCGUUCCCCUCGGCGCGGGGAGUUCACUGAACGACGGCGGCGCCCGCGAGGCCCGAGGAAGCGGCUGGGCCCGGGCAUGGUGGCCUGGGGCGGCGCGGAAGAAGCUCCACCAUGAGGCGAGGUGGAUGGAGGAGGAGAGCAGAAAAUGAUGGCUGGGAAAAAUGGGGCGGAUACAUGGCUGCCAAGGUCCAAAAGCUGGAGGAACAGUUCCGUUCAGAUGCUGCUAAGCAGAAGGAUGGGACAGCGUCUGCAAUAUUUAGUGGAGUUGCCAUCUACGUUAAUGGAUACACAGAUCCUUCUGCUGAGGAAUUGAGAAAUCUAAUGAUGUUGCAUGGAGGUCAAUACCAUGUGUAUUAUUCUAGAUCCAAAACAACACACAUUAUUGCUACAAAUCUUCCUAAUGCCAAAAUUAAAGAAUUAAAGGGGGAAAAAGUAAUUCGACCAGAAUGGAUUGUGGAAAGCAUCAAAGCUGGGAGACUCUUGUCCUCUGUUCCAUAUCAGCUGUACACCAAGCCAUCCACUGCACAGAAGAGUCUCAACUUCAAUCCUGUGUGCAAGCCUGAGGAUCCUGUGCCAGGUCCAAGCAAUAUAGCCAAACAGCUCAACAACAGGGUAAAUCACAUAAUUAAGAAGAUUGAGACAGAAAAUGAAGGGAAAGCAAAUGGACUGAGCAGCUGGAAUGAAGACACUGCAAAUGAUGACUUUAGUUUUGAGGAUCUGGACCAUACAUUUCUAGGAAGGAAACAAAAUGGAGCACUGCAUCCCAGAGAUACCACUGUCAUUUUUAAUGGACACACUCAUAGUUCAAAUGGUGCCUUAAAGACACAGGAUUGCUUGGUGCCUGUGGGCAACAGUGUUGCUAGCAGGCUCUCUUUAGACUCCAUCCAGGAGGAGAAGAGGGCAGAGAAGAGCGACACUGACUUCAGAGACUGCACAGUGCAGCACUUGCAGCACAGCACCAGAAGUGCAGAUGCUUUGCGGAGUCCACACAGAACUAGUUCUCUCUCACCAUCUUUGCACAGUAACACUAAAAUCAAUGGUGCUCACCACUCCACUGUUCAGGGGCCUUCAAGCACAAAAAGCACUUCUGUUCUGACUCUUAGUAAAGUAGCGCCUUCAGUGCCAUCCAAACCAUCGGACUGUAACUUCAUUUCAGAUUUCUAUUCUCGUUCAAGACUGCAUCACAUCUCAACAUGGAAGUGUGAAUUGACUGAGUUUGUCAAUACCCUACAGAGACAAAGUAGUGGUAUCUUUCCUGGAAGGGAAAAGUUAAAAAAAAUGAAAACAGGCAGGUCUUCCCUUGUUGUAACUGACACAGGCAAUAUGUCAGUAUUGAGCUCACCCAGACCUCAGAGCUGUGUAAUGCAUGUUGAUAUGGAUUGCUUCUUUGUAUCAGUGGGUAUACGAAAUAGACCAGAUCUCAAAGGAAAACCAGUGGCUGUUACCAGUAACAGAGGCACAGGAAAGGCACCUUUACGUCCUGGUGCUAACCCACAGCUGGAGUGGCAGUAUUACCAGAAUAAAAUCCUGAAAGGAAAAGCAGCAGAUAUACCAGAUUCAUCAGUAUGGGAGAAUCAAGAUUCUACACAAACAAAUGGAAUUGAUUCUGUUCUGUCAAAAGCUGAAAUUGCUUCUUGUAGUUAUGAAGCCAGACAAGUUGGCAUUAAGAACGGAAUGUUUUUUGGACAUGCUAAACAGCUGUGUCCUAAUCUGCAAGCUGUUCCAUAUGAUUUUCAGGCAUACAGGGAAGUUGCCCAAGCCAUGUAUGAAACACUGGCAAGCUACACACACAGCAUUGAGGCUGUAAGUUGUGAUGAAGCACUGAUUGACGUCACUGACAUCCUUGCAGAGACUAAACUUACUCCUGAGGAGUUUGCAACUGCCCUCCGUAUGGAAAUCAAAGACAAGACUAAAUGUGCUGCCUCUGUUGGAAUUGGUUCUAAUAUUCUUCUUGCUAGGAUGGCAACUAAAAAAGCAAAGCCAGAUGGUCAGUACCACCUGCAGGCAGACGAAGUAGAUGAUUUCAUCAGAGGCCAGCUUGUCACUAACUUGCCAGGAGUUGGACGUUCAAUGGAAUCUAAGCUAGCAUCUUUGGGAAUUAAGACUUGUGGAGAUUUGCAGUGUUUAACCAUGGCAAAACUCCAGAAAGAAUUUGGCCCCAAGACAGGGCAGAUGCUAUAUAGGUUCUGCCGCGGUUUGGACGAUAGACCUGUUAGAACAGAGAAGGAACGAAAAUCUGUUUCAGCUGAGAUCAACUAUGGAAUAAGGUUCACCCAGCCCAAAGAAGCAGAAGCUUUCCUUCUGAGUCUUUCAGAAGAAAUUCAAAGACGACUUGAAGCUGCUGGCAUGAAGGGCAAACGCCUGACUCUGAAAAUCAUGGUACGGAAGCCAGGGGCCCCUGUAGAAACUGCAAAAUUUGGAGGCCAUGGAAUUUGUGAUAACAUCGCCAGGACUGUAACUCUGGACCAGGCAACAGAUAGUGCAAAAAUAAUUGGAAAAGCUACUUUAAACAUGUUUCAUACAAUGAAACUAAAUAUAUCAGAUAUGAGAGGGGUUGGUAUUCAUGUGAAUCAGUUGGUUCCUGCUAGUUCAAGUCAUCCAUCAGCUCAGUCAGGCCUCUUCCCUGGUCGGCCACAUUCUGUUCGUGAUCUCUUCCAACUACAGAAAGCUAAGAAAUCCACAGAAGAGGAGCACAAGGAAGUACUUCUGGCUGCUGUGGAUCUGGAAGUGUCCUCCACCUCUAGAGCUUGUGGUUUAUUGUCACCCCUCUCUGCACAUCUGGCAGCUAGUGUCAGUUCUGAUGCUAACAGAGGCGAGUGUUCCAGGAAAUGGAAUGGCCUGCAUUCUCCUGUCAGUGGACAGUCAAGACUAAACCUCAGUAUAGAGGUCCCAUCACCAUCACAGAUUGACCAGUCUGUCUUAGAAGCGCUCCCACCUGAUCUCCGGGAACAAAUAGAACAAGUUUAUGCUGCUCAGCAAGGAGAGCCACGAGGCACCAAGAAGAAAGAGCCAGUAAAUGGCUGCAGUUCAGGGGUACUGCCACAUCCUGUUGGCACAGUUUUAUUACAAAUACCAGAGACUCAAGAGCCUAAUAAUAGUGACACCAGGAUCAGCGUCAUUGCCCUUCCAGCAUUUUCACAAGUGGACCCUGAUGUCUUUGCUGCCCUUCCUGCUGAGCUUCAAAAGGAGCUGAAAGCAGCAUAUGAUCAAAGACAAAGGCAGGGAGAGGACACUGCUCAGCAGCAGCCAACUAGUGCAUCUGUGCCAAAGAAUCCUUUACUUCAGCUAAAGCCACCAGCAAUGAAAGACAAGAGAAAUAAGAAGAAGAACCCCAUUGGUUCUCCCAGGAAAAUUCAGAGUCCUCUGAAAAACAAGCUGCUUAGCAGUCCUGCUAAAACUCUGCCAGGGGCCCAUAGGAGCCCCCAGAAGUUAAUGGACGGCUUUCUACAGCAUGAAGGAAUGGCUUCCGAGAGACCCCUGGAAGAAGUCUCAGCUUCCAACGCUUGUGCACAGGACCUAUCUAGUUUGCAGCCCGGCCAGAGCAGCUGUUUUAGACCAGCAGCACCCAACCUCGCUGGAGCUGUGGAAUUCAGUGAUGUGAAGACCUUGCUCAAAGAAUGGAUCACUACCAUCUCAGAUCCAAUGGAAGAAGACAUUCUGCAAGUUGUGAAAUAUUGCACUGACCUUAUAGAGGAAAAAGACUUGGAAAAAUUGGAUCUUGUUAUAAAAUACAUGAAAAGGUUGAUGCAGCAGUCGGUGGAGUCAGUAUGGAACAUGGCGUUUGACUUUAUUCUUGACAAUGUUCAGGUGGUUUUACAGCAGACUUAUGGAAGCACACUGAAAGUUACCUGACUGUCCAGAGAGCCUGGCGCUCUCUGCGAGCUGUGCCAGCAGUGCUUGCUGAGGUAUUUGCAAAGUGCAUGAUAGUGAUGCUCUGAGUUUUCAUGAUUCUACAUUUCUUUUUAAGCAAGUGUUUUGUACAUUUCUUUUCAAAAAAGUGCCAAAUUUGUCAGUAUUGCAUGUAAAUAAUUGUGUUAAUUCUUUUACUUGUAGCAUAGAUUCUAUUUACAAAACGUUUGUUUAUAAAGUUUUAUGGAUUUUUACAGUGAAGUGUUUACAGUUGUUUAAUAAAGAACUGUAUGUAUAUUUUGUA